UCAGAACUGGCUGUUCUAUCCCUGCUACCUCUAGAACUAGCUAGUCCCUGCUGCCUUCAGAAAUGGACGAGCAUCAUCACAGUACGACAGGAAUCGACAUGCUCUGAACCACUACAGGGGGACAUUAAUCUGCAGUUUUUGCCCCGGCCUUGGAUCUCCAGCAGAAGUCUCGUUCAAUCGCCGAGACUUGUUCAAAAAAACACCUUGUGGAGACGCAUGACGUCCCAAUGAAGCCGCCGAACGGUCACAGGCCACCGGGUACUAGAUCCGGUGUCGAGGCGGCUGGCGAUUGUAAUAUCUGCCGGCAGACAUUCUUGAGUCCCGACGACUUGUAUGACCAUCUAGAUGACUGCGUGCUCAGUGUGCUCAUCGAGGAAGACCCUGCUGAGGCAAUCAACGAGAAACUCUUGGCCGAGGUUAUGGGCGGCGAAUUUACAAACAGCUCCCCAGAGUUAUAUCAGGUGGAGCCACCACCCUUCACAGGCAGGGAGGAUAACCUGUCGCAGGAAUCGCGGUCACUAUCCUGCGGCGUGGGGUUUCGAUGAUAGCCAGUAGUCAUUAAAGAAACGGGUCACUGCCUGUUGAGAUCCGUGGUUUAACGGAUCAAUGGCUAUUCCGAUCCAUUGGUGGAUAUCAUCUUAUCAAUAGCUUCCGCUGUUUAGCGCUAGUUUUCUUCUUCUUCAAUAAACACAACAUGCUCAUUUCAACACU